AGGAGGCACACGGGGUGGACGCCUUGCUUUGCCCUCCUCUCCCCGCGGCCUUCCGGGCGCCGCGGUGCCGUUACGCCCGCCGGUCCCCGUCUUCCUAGCGCGGGGCUUGCCGCAGCGGGCCGGGCCCCUCGGGCGUGCUCUGUCACGCGGGGGAAACAUAAGCCACCGCGCCCUUCGGCUGCCGUUAGGCCCCGGUUACCGCCGCACCGCCGAGCCUUACGGGGGUUUGAGUGCUGUGGCCGGUUAACGGCUGCCUGAGAGCGGUGCGUUACGUUGCCCUUAAUGCUGUUGCGUUUGACUUCGUGUAGCUCAAACCCUGUUGGUUUUUGUCUUCUCUUUUAGUUCCUCUGCGUGCUGAAAAAGUUUACCUUUCCGUCAGAGCGGUGGGGUGUAAAGAUAGUCGCCAUCUUAAGUAAUUUGCGGGGAUGAUUACCAAAUGAGAGGCGAUCUUUCAGAUUUCAGCGAGCUAGGUAAGCGCGGGUGUACUGGACUGUAUCAGAGCAGGGCCUUCCUCUUAAGGCCGGGUUUAUCUCCCACCGCUGCCUGAUGAAAGCUCGGAAGUCGUGCAGACGAGCGACGAAUGUAGUCCGAAUAUACCUGCCUACUAGUGUCCCGCUGCCCUGCCGUUCAGCCUUACACAACAGCUCUCUGGAGCCGAGGGCUGGUUUCAGCUUCGUCGUCAACUUUCAGGUAUAGUUGGUACAGGAACUGAAGUAACCUUGAAAAGACCUGACAUGUUGGACUGCUGAGAAUCCAAGUGUUUGGAUGGCAAGAGCAGUGAUAGAUCUCAGUUUCAAGACAAAUGAAGAGAAAAUGGGAAGAAAGACUGAAGAAAGUGGAAGAACUAGCAUCUCACUAUGAAAGAAACCCUCUUCCUCCAGUUUAUAGACCAAAACUGUCCAAACCCUUUCUGCCAUCCUCUGUUUGGAAAAUGUUUUGUCGGCAGGCUGAAGCUUUCGAUUAUGUAAAAACCUGCAAAGAGGAUGUUCAUGUAUUUGCCUUGGAAAAGAACACACAAAGUGGACAAAGGUUUUACCUUGUGACAACAUAUAAAGAGCUUUGGUUUUAUUACAGUAAAGGUUAUAAAACAAGUCUUAUGCAUUGCUAUGAAGUAAUUCCUGAAAAAGAUGCUUGCAAACUUUAUUUUGAUUUGGAGUUCUACAAACCAGCAAAUCCUGGUGCAGAUGGCAAGAGUAUGGUUGCAAAGUUAAUUGAGCUUGUCAGCCAAAAAUUAGAAGAACUUUAUGAUGUAAAUUGUUCAGCCAAAGAUGUCUUGAAUUUAGAUUCCAGUACUGAUGAAAAAUUUAGUCGACACUUAAUAUUUCUACCCCAGAAGACUGUAUUUAAGGAUAAUAUUCAUGUUGGUAACUUUGUGAGAAGCAUUUUUCAGCCUGCCAUAAGGUUAGUGGAGAGUAAAGCUGCUGCUGUGAUUCCAGAAGGAGUAGGACAUGUUUUCCAGUGUUCUGCAGAAGGAGUUGGAUUAGGUGGUUCUCUUACAAACCUCACAGCUGUCGAACAUGCUUCCAAAGGCUGGCCAGCCAUUGCUCGCAAAACAAAGGAUAUGGAAACAUCACACCAGGGAGGAAAUUCAGAAUUUUCCUUUCUGAUAGUAAAUGAUAAAGAAGGCAACAAGCAACUUUUUGUGGAUCUAGGAGUUUAUACAAAGAAUAGAAAUUUCCGGAUGUAUAAAUCAUCAAAAGCAGGAAAAAAUGUGAUUCUGAAGAUAGCAGAGGAUAAUAAGUUUGUCCCUAACUGUGAAGAGAACGUUUCCUUGGAAGAAGCAUAUUUUCUUUCCUCUUUGAUCUGCAACAUUAGAGCGAGUCAUGACACAAAAGUUCUGUCAUCUGGCUUUUCAGAGGAGGAGAGAAAAAUGUCUGGUUUUUUAAACCGUAUAACUACCAGAAGCAGUAGAGAAUCCAUGGAAGGUUAUCAGGAUUCACCAUAUCCAGAAAUAGAUUAUUUUGUUCGUUCUUUGGUUAAUAAAGAUGGGGUCCAAGGAGGGAUACGGCGAUGGAAUUAUUUCUCUCUCGAAGAAAUACUUGUAUAUGAUAUUUCUGGUUACCGCUGGUGUGAAAAUAUUGGAAGAGCUCACAAAAGUAACAACAUAAUGAUUCUGGUAGAUCUAAAGAAGGAAGUCUGGUAUCAGAAGUGUCACGAUCCAGUCUGCAGAGAAGAAAACUUCAAAUCACAAAGUUUUCCAUUACCACCUAGGAUACGUCUCUCGUUUCUUUUCAAAGAGGAAGAAGAGUAUACACUAAUGCAUGAAAAGGGGAACACAGACGAAAAAGUAAAACCAUGUUCUAGUACAUCAGACUUGUCAAAAAGCUCAAUAUCUCUAGAAAAAAGCUUGUCUCAAGACUUCCUGUUGUCAGACAGUGUGUGGAGCAAUGCAAGCGAUGAUGCCCGUUUCCUAGAAGCUACUGAAGAUGUGGAACUAGCUGAAGCUGCAAAUGAUAGUCUGAAUUAUGCCACGGAAGAAAUUCCUGAUGAAGUUCUUUCAGAAGCUUUAAGGAAACAGGACACUUGCAAUAAAGAAGGCAGCUAACCACAGCGUUGGCUAGCAAACAGACUGCUAGCACUGAAGCUUGCAUAUCAUGUGCCUUCUGUGAAAGACGCUACAAUGUAGUUCAAAAGUGCUCUUCCAGAGCUGUAAGACGAAGAACUGAGUAAUGGCUAACAAACAGGUAUUCUCACAACUGGAUGAUCUUCAACAAGCAUGAGGAGAUCAUGGCAGACUACACGAGGGCUGAAGAGUGCUGGACUGAAAACUCAUCAUGAAUGCUGCUUCAAGUUUAGUGCUCUUAACGCCCUCUGCUGUGCGGUUUCUAUUUUGUUAGUUGUGUGUCCAAGUUUUACCGAUAAGCCAAGUAAAAUAGAUGACUUCCAGCAAUGGGAGGACAUUAUUUAUUUAUUUCAAAUACAAAUUUAAUAAAAAGAUUUGUCUAUCAA